AUGGCAUCAACUCCACAAUUCAAACCCUAUUUUAUACCAGAAGAUGAGUGGCCUGAGUUCACUACUGCAUUGUAUGAUAAUUUGGAUUCUGGUAAAGAAAAUGUGCUAGAACUCGUGCUUUCAGGGAUUAAAAUGUUGUUCACUGGUGGUGCUGAAAAUAGAUUUGAACAAAAUGGGUUUUAUGUGAUUCAAGAGGAGUAUGCACGGUUGAUUCUUGAUCAACUGGUUGCGUUAGCGAGGGCAGAAUCUUGUAUCAUGGAGAAUCCUGAAUAUGAAGAAAGAACAAGGUUUCUUGCUAUAGAAUUUGUGCUAGUUCUAAUUGAAGAUAAAAAGGGUUACCAGAUUUUGGUAAAUACAGGGGAUUUUGUAGCAAGAUUUCAUCUUGACUCAAGAGUGGCUCAGCUUAAGCAGAAGAUGAUCAUGAUGGCCGAAUUGUUUCCUCGUACGAUCGUGUCAGUUAUGAAGGCUUAUUGUUAG